AUAUCUGCAUUAAUACCAUUCUGUUUGCAUCGUGAUCUUCAUCAUCACCAUCAGCAGCAGUCAUGUUCUCUCGUUCUCUCCUGCUGGUUCUGCUGGUUCUUGUCUGCCUUCAGUCCUUCACAUCGGCCGGGGGUGCGUAUGAACCAGGUCAAUGCUGUUUCAGUUACUUCAAGAAAAGAAUCCCUGCAAAUAUCAUUACAGCGUAUAAAGAAACACACAUAAAGUGUACAGACCCUGGAAUCAUCUUUACUCUAAACAACGGCAAAAAGACGUGUGCACAUCCUGAAGACGAGUGGGUGAAGAACAACAUGAAACUAAUUGACGAGCGAGUUUAAAAACCUGUCCUAAUCUCAGCUAUGAUGUUUAAAUCCUCUCUCCAGUUAUAACCAAUUAUUUUGAUUAAUAUUAAACAAAAUGCACUGUUUAUGCAUUUAAACAGAAGGAAUGAAGCUUUUCACUGUAUAUCCGGUUUGAAAAAAAAAAAACUUUUGCUUUAAUUCGUCUCGCAGUGUUUAUUUGAAUUGAACCACAGGCAGUGGGGAUUAGUUUUAUUUUCAGACAUAUUAAAGGGCAUUUUCUAUCACAGAUUAUGGCUUUUUUAUCAGUUACAUUUUUAAGAAAACAAUGUUGUUCACAUUCCAAGACAUUUCAUUGUUCAUGUCAUCGUUGAUCGCCUCUGGCAAUUUAAAAAAAUGUUUUUUGCUCAUUAGUAUCUUUAAUUCUUCCACAUUAUUUUCUCUUCUGUAUCGCUUCCUGUUUACCUUCCACAUUAUGUUUCAUUUGUCCAUAUUUACAUGCAGUACAUACACACAUUGAACUAUCACUAUAAAAAAUGUAUAUCAAUCUGUGGCAGCGGGGGCGUGGUCAAGCGUCGGUCUGUGAAUGGAGGGCGGAGUCAGGGAAGGUAAUUGGCAGAAUCACUGCACCUGAUGGGAAUUAACCUGUGUUGGUGUGUCUCCCCCAGUGACCGCGCCCUGUAAGAGGAAGGGAGCUCUCUCCCCAACCAGAGUGCUUGUGAUUGGGAGAGUAUAAAGUAGAAGCUGAAAAGCUAAAAUAAAGAGUUUAUGAGAACUCAGUUCUGGCCUGCCGUGCUUCUGUGCUCCACCCACCUUAAACGAUUUCUACAGUGGUGCUGAAACCCGGGAUGCCAGAACUGAGUUCUCAUAAACUCUUUUUAUUUUAGCUUUUCAGCUUCUACUGUGGGGCGGCACGGUGGUGUAGUGGUUAGCGCUGUCGCCUCACAGCAAGAAGAUCUGGGUUCAAGCCCCAUGGGCGGCGAGGGCCUUUCUGUGCGGAGUUUGCAUGUUCUCCCCGUGUCCGCGUGGGUUUCCUCCGGGUGCUCCGGUUUCCCCCACAGUCCAAAGACAUGCAGGUUAGGUUAACUGGUGACUCUAAAUUGACCGUAGGUGUGAAUGUGAGUGUGAAUGGUUGUCUGUGUCUACUGUAUGUGUCAGCCCUGUGAUGACCUGGCGACUUGUCCAGGGUGUACCCCGCCUUAGACUUCUUUAUUGUCCAUUAAACUUGCAUGAAAUGGAAA